UGUUGGGUGAAAUCGGCCCCGUCCACCCCUGAGACUGAACCCAAUCUACGUAGUAACCAAACUCCCCCUUCGAAGUCAAAGUUUAGGUCACCGGCGAAGACGCUGAGUAAUCGCUUGCUAGCCUUGUACUCUGGGGCCAACACACUGACUGACGAAUCCUCACAAUCAUGGCGCACACUCACUUCGGACAGGCAAAAGCCAGAUUUGUUGUGUCUUUCAACUCAAGAGGUAUCAAACCAAUCUACAAAUUUGUUAGCUGUUUAUUAUGAAUUGGACAGGACCAGCAAACAAACUAGCCCGUUCUCUCCUGAUUGUCGACUUAUUUUCUCUUGUGGAAGCUCAGCUUCCGUCCACUUUUGGCAAUUCCCUUGUCAUGCCGGUCUCCUGGCCGCACGCUCCCAAUUCCUACGUCGCAUUCUGCUGCGACGCCACUUUCCCCCAUCACCCGGUUUUGUAACAACAAUUGUGCUGGAUGGAUCUGUACUGAAACCACAUUUUGCACCCAUUUUACUGCAUUUUAUUUAUUCCGAUUGGUUGAACACAGAGGCAAUGGCUUGCAUGUACUUGCCAAAACAACAGCACGUCGAGGAGCCGGGGGCGUUUUCCAUCGAGUGUCCGGAAUCCACACAUCAAUCCGCGCAUAUGCAAUGGCACCAAGAUCACCAUGGCCAUGACAAAAGCGUGCAGCCUUACUGUAGCCAGAUUGCGGAGCAUCCUGUUCAAGACUUAGCCAAUUUGGCCCAGCCGGUUUCCGGGACACGCGUUAUUCCCCUACACGAACACAAGCGUGGAAUUAGGUUUUAUUUUCAAUGCCCAUUCUGUUUGAUACACGUUUUAGAAUUGCAUUCAGUGGGACAAUUGUUGGAAUUUCCCAGAUUUUCCGAAGCUUGUGAAGAUUUAGUGAUUCGGUCGAUGGAACUUCCAGUGCAUGCGACUGCUACUGCAGGUGCUCAACCCAGCCAUUCACACAAUCAUCAGUCGCCAAAAAUGACACCCAUCAUCUUUGCUGUCGGGCUGCUUCAUUGGACCAACGUAAACGACAGCAGAUCCUCCCCCAUACUUUCAGGUGGUGAGACUCCUGUUCAUGAUGGAGACCAACUACCGACCGAGUGCAGCUCUCCAUCAUACCGAGGUACCGAUGAUUGUCUAGAACAACAGAAAUUCCUGUCUCAAUGCAUUCAGACCACUGACAGUGAUCAGUGGUUGUUAAGUGGAGAAGGAGCAUCCACGCGAUACCCUUGUCGUAGAGCGGUGCAGUAUCUACGCGAACACUUCACUGCAUUGGUUCGAGCACCAGGUUUGCUAAGGCGUUUAACUCCACAGCAUUUCAGUGAACUGAUUUCUUCCGAUUUGGUUCAAGCUCCGGAAUCGGAAAUUCUGGCUGCAUUGCUAUCUUGGUCGGAACAGCGAAUCCAGCUUGCGCAUUCGGAUUUCGCAGUGAACUGGUCUCGUUCUGCAAGUUAUCUUGAUCUAGUGUCCAAUCUGACGGAAGCCCCACUGAAGCCGGCCUACUAUGGUCAACAGGAUGGGAUAGGAUUGAAUCCGUGGUUAUUAUUGAUCCAGUCCGAUGAGGUACAACUGCCGAAUGAAAGACGGGAUUCAACUGACAAUCGGUGGUGCGCAAAUAGUACGCUGGGUCCAUCACUGUCAGCUCAGUGCGAGUUGUGUAGAGUGUCUCCCGAGAGUCGCUCUACAUCAGUCAUUGAUCUUGAACCAGUCAACCUGAACGCCAUUGUGAAAGUGUUGGAUCAGCAUCAACUGCUUGAUCUACUUCGACCUGCUCACCUGCUUCAUCCACUACCCUUGGGUUUGGCCACGGUGAUCUUGCAAUAUCAACUUGACCAGGGUCAAGCUAAAACGGUUUCACCUCAACCGACAGACAUUCUAAUCAAUCAGCAUGCGUCGAAGGCGGAGGCCAUCCGAAGUUCACCGUGGCUACCCUUAUUAACAACUAGCAUGAUGUUGUUACCACUCUCUCCUCAGGCAAACAAG